GGCGGAGGCGUCUCGUGGCUUGCUCCGGGAAAGGCCGCUGGGGAGGUGCGCCCUGGUGCUCCAGCAGCCCCGGGGCCCGGGGAGAAGCGCUGCCCAGGGCUGUGUCUGCAGGAUCUCACGGAGGCAGGACGGCUAAAUGCAGCUUACUCUGACUCACUCCAGUGUCAUCUUACAUUUUUCCAUCCUCUAAAGAUAGCCCUUGUGGGAGGAAUUGCUUCGGGACUCGGCAGCCUGGCCAUUGCCACUGUCCCCACUGCCAGCAGCUGCAUCCUGGUUCCUGUAAACAGUCACUUGCUUGGUUUUGCUCUUGGCAAUGUCGUUGGGAUGUAUCUGGCUCAGAACUAUGAUAUCCCUGACCUUGCAAAGAAACUUGAAGAUAUUAAAAGAGAUGUGGAAGCUAAGAAGAAACCACCCAGUGACAAAUCCUAAGCCAACAGUGUUGCCCGGAUCUUCUUCAUACGGUCUUUAUGGACAUUAUUUCCCCUUCAGAUGACAAAUACUAGUUGGAAACAUAGCUUUUGGGGGAUUUCCUCCACUUCUGCUUUCUCAGAAGCUGGAUAUCCUGGAUCUGUAUGUGCAGAAAAUUUGCUCUGGGACCUACCAUCAUGUGUUUCAGGAAUUUUGAUUCUCAGCUGAUGAGUGACUGGAAAACACAGUUUGUAUUUUUUUUUUUUCUGUUGUAGUUUCCUAAUAUUUUAUAUUCAGUUUUUUAAUCUGUUAAACUGGAGAUCAGUAAAAAUUCUACAACUACCCCUA